CGCCAAUCCCGGCUAGUGGCGUCAUACUACCACCACCCAUCACUAACGUCACUCACUAAAUUACAAAAACACCCCCUAUAAAUACUAAAGUAAUGCAAACACCACCACCAUUCCCCUCAUCAUCAUGUUAUCAUCAUCAUAAUUAUAAAGGACCGUACGUGUCAAUUCACAAAUCUUCAUUUUCUCUCUCUGUUCUCUCUCAUCAUUAUCAUUUAAAUCAUCUCUUAAUUAUUAAGAAGCCAAACAAACAGAGUGUUGAGAUUAUUAGGGCAAUGCCUGCUUCUGCUUCCACUACUGAAAUUGAUAAAAAUAAAAUAAUUAAAAAUAAGAAUGAGAGUAAGUUUAAAUUGAAUGAAUCUUCGUUUUUAGCUUCUCUCAUGCCGAAAAAAGAAAUCGCUGCCGAUCGAUUUAUCGAAGCUAAUCCGGAGUUCGAUGGCCGCGGUGUUGUUGUUGCUAUUUUCGAUUCUGGUGUUGAUCCGGCUGCAGUGGGAUUACAGGUCACCUCAGAUGGGAAGCCAAAAGUCCUAGAUGUUAUUGAUUGUACUGGGAGUGGUGAUAUUGAUACUUCAACUGUUGUGAAGGCUGAUGCAAACGGGUGUAUUCGUGGAGCAUCAGGGGCAUCUCUUGUUUUAAAUUCUUCUUGGAGUAAUCCUUCUGGGGAAUGGCACGUGGGAUAUAAAUUGGUAUAUGAGCUUCUUACAGACACAUUAAUAUCACGUUUGAAGAAAGAAAGAAGGAAGAAGUGGGAUGAGAAGAAUCAAGAAACCAUAGCUGAGGCUGUAAAGGAUCUUGAAGAGUUUGAUAAGAAGCAAACGAAGGUUGAUGAGUUGAAUUUAAAAAGGACCCAUGCAGAUUUACAAGAUAGAGUUGAUUAUUUAAAGAAACAAACAGAAAGUUAUGAUGACAAGGGGCCUGUAAUUGAUGCUGUUGUAUGGCACGAUGGCGAAGUGUGGAGAGUUGCUCUUGACACACAAAGUCUUGAGGAUGACCCCAUGUGCGGGAAACUUGCAGAUUUUGUACCCUUAACUAAUUUCAAGACUGAACGGAAGUAUGGUGUCUUUAGCAAGCUAGAUGCCUGUACGUUUGUGACCAAUGUUUAUGAUGAAGGUACUAUAUUGAGUAUAGUUACUGAUGCUUCACCACAUGGCACUCAUGUUGCUGGUAUUGCGACUGCUUUCCACCCGACGGAACCAUUGCUCAAUGGAAUUGCCCCUGGAGCACAGGUAGUUUCUUGUAAGAUUGGAGACUCGCGCUUAGGUUCAAUGGAAACUGGAACAGGCUUGAUACGUGCACUAAUUGCCGUGGUAGAGCACAAAUGUGAUGUCAUUAACAUGAGCUAUGGAGAAUCUACAUUGUUCCCUAAUUAUGGGCGGUUUGUGGAGCUUGUCGAUGAGGUGGUAAAUAAGUACCGUGUGGUAUUCGUUAGCAGUGCCGGCAACAAUGGGCCUGCAUUGACUACUGUGGGUGCACCUGGGGGUACCACAUCGAGCAUAAUAGGAGUUGGUGCUUAUGUCUCUCCUGCUAUGGCUGCUGGAGCUCAUGCUUUAGUUGAGGCUCCCCCUGAAGGCCUCGAGUAUACUUGGUCUAGUCGGGGACCUACUGCUGAUGGUGAUCUUGGUGUGUAUGUGAGUGCUCCUGGUGGGGCUGUGGCGCCUGUUCCUACAUGGACUCUCCAGCGGCGCCAACUUAUGAAUGGUACAUCUAUGUCAUCCCCAUCUGCAUGUGGUGGAGUAGCUUUGCUCAUCAGUGCAAUGAAGGCUGAGGGGAUUCAAGUGAGUCCAUAUAGUGUGAGGAAGGCUCUUGAGAACACAUGUUCUCCAAUUGGCUGUUUGCCAGAAGAUAAACUAUCUAAUGGACACGGUCUACUUCAGAUUGACAAGGCUUUUGAGUAUGCUCAGAAAUCGGCUGAUUUGCCAUGCGUAUGGUAUAAGAUAACAAUCAGCCAGACAGGAAAAACAACAUCAUCAACAGCGAGAGGCAUCUACCUAAGGGAUGCCAGUUAUUGCCAUCAAUCUACCGAGUGGACGGUACAAGUUGAACCUCAAUUUCAUGAAGGUGCAAGUAAUUUAGAACAGCUGGUCCCAUUUGAAGAGUGUAUUGAGUUACAUACCAGUGGAAAGGAAGUGGUGCGAGCCCCGGAUUAUCUCCUGCUCACCUAUAAUGGGCGCAGCUUCAAUGUGGUAGUGGAUCCUACGAAGCUUAGCGAUGGUUUGCAUUAUUUUGAAGUGUAUGGUAUAGACUGCAAUGCCCCCUGGCGUGGCCCUGUCUUCAGGAUCCCAAUUACUAUAACAAAGCCAAAAAUUGUGGAAACUCGGCCUCCACUCAUGACAUUUUCUGGACUAGCUUUCCAGCCAGGGCAUAUUGUACGCAAAUACAUUGAGGUACCUUAUGGAGCUACAUGGGUUGAGGCAACCAUGCGUACCUCAGGGUUUGACACGGGUAGAAGAUUCUACAUUGAUGUUGUCCAGCUCUCUCCAUUGAAGAGGCCUAUCACGUGGGAAAGCAAUCCAAUGUUUUCAUCUCCAUCUACAAAGAGCUUUACCUUCCCUGUAGAGGGUGGCCGGACAAUGGAAUUGGUGAUAUCUCAAUUCUGGUCCAGUGGCAUAGGAAGUCAUGAAAGUGCUGUUGUAGAUUUUGAGAUUGCAUUCCAUGGGAUAGAUGUUAGCAAAGAUGAGGUGGUGCUUGAUGGAAGUGAUGCACCUGCUAGACUAGAAGCCCAAGCCCUGUUAUCAUCUGAGAAACUUACUCCUACCGCGAAGCUAAACAAGAUUAGAGUCCCAUACCGACCUACUGAUUCAAAAUUGAGUGCUCUUUCAGCAGAUCGAGAUAAAUUACCUUCUGGCAAACAGAUACUUGCAUUAACGUUAACUUACAAGUUUAAAUUGGAAGAAGGAGCUGAAGUGAAACCACAGAUACCGUUGCUUAACAAUCGUAUCUAUGAUAACAAAUUUGAAUCUCAGUUUUAUAUGAUUUCGGAUUCAAAUAAGCGUUUAUAUUCAGUGGGUGAUGUCUAUCCAGAUUAUGCAAAAUUACCCAAAGGUGAAUACACUUUACAGCUGCGCUUGAGGCAUGAGAAUAUGCAGUACUUGGAGAAAUUGAAGCAGUUAGUGCUGUUCAUUGAAAGGAAAUUAGAUAAGGAGGCUGUGCAAUUGAGCUUCUAUAGCCAACCAGAUGGUCCAGUUACUGGCAUUGGUAGUUUCAGUUCGUCAAGUUUAGACCCUGGAUCAAAAGAGGCAUUCUACAUAGGACCUCCUACCAAUGACAAGAUUCCAAAGAACUCUCCAGAAGGAUCUGUACUACUUGGAGCAAUUUCAUAUGGAAAGCCUUCAUCUGAGGUUUCAAAUCAGGGAAAUGACCCUGAAAAGAAUCCUGUAUAUUAUAAGAUAACUUAUCAAGUGCCACCCACUAAGGUUGAUGAGGAGAAGGGAAAGACUUCUACUUCCAAAACGCCCAAAAAAAGUGUGACAGAACGUUUAGAGGAAGAGGUCCGUGACACAAAGAUAAAGGUUCUUGCAAACCUUAAACAAGGCACUGAAGAGGAACGGGCAGAUUGGAAAAAAUUAUCAAUCUCAUUGAAGGCAGAAUAUCCAAAUUACACACCGUUGCUGGCUCAAAUAUUAGAGGGGCUGUUAUCCCAGGAAGUAGAAGAUAAGAUACACCACUAUGAAGAGAUUAUUAGCGCAGCAGAUGAGAUAAUUGAGAGUAUUGAUCGAGAAGAAUUAGCAAGAUUUCUUUCCAUCAAUGGUGACCCUGAAGAGGAAGAAUUUGAGAAAACCAAGAAGAAGAUGGAGACAACACGUGACCAACUGGUUGAAGCACUUUACCAAAAAGGUUUAGCUUUAGUGGAAGUUGCGUCUCUUAAGGGUGAAAUGGCUGCAUUUUCUGCAAACUUGGGUGCAGAAGUCGUGGAUAAACCCGAUGGACAGUCUUCUCCAGACUCUGGGGGCCAACCAGAUUUGUUUGAAGAGACAUUUAAAGAGCUGCAGAAAUGGGCAGACACUAAAUCAUCUAAAUUUAACACUCUUUUGAUGAUACGUGAACGGCAUAGUGGCAGACUUGGCACUGCACUCAAGGUGGUGAAUGGAAUGAUUGAACAAGAAGGUGAUCCUGCAAAGAAGAAGCUUUAUGAAGAAAGAAUAUCAUUGCUUGAUCAAAUUGGAUGGGGCCAUCUCGUGACGUAUGAGAAACUGUGGAUGCUUGUACGAUUUCCACCAAGCUUGCCACUAUUCUAGAUAUAGACGAGUUAUAUACUAUUUUAAUAAAUGAAUCGCAUUCCCACUAGUAUCACAUUUCAACAAUUUGCUCUAUUUUGAUACAUUAUUAAUGGAUAGGUAAAGUUCCAUUCAGAUUCCUCA